AUGGAUGAUGACGAUUCAGAAGGAUCAACACUCUGUUCAGAUAUCUCUGCAAGGAAAAAGCCUCGUCUGCAUUUCUCUAGGUCCUCAGACCCCGAGGAAAGUGACUCAACCGACGGUGACGGUAACAGCAUUUCCAAUGAGAGCAACCAAGAGAAUGCGCAUAAUAUCUUAGAGCCUCCAGAUGCUUCUCAGGGUACUGAAAGCUAUGCUAGUGUUUCAGAAAGACCAACAGCUGGGGAUGCAACAAGCGAAAACGGCUCAUCUGAUUGGUAUGAAUCCUCCCCGUUGGAAGACUGCUCUAAAAAUAACACCUAA